GACAACACCUACUAACGACGUAUAAAAAAACGCAGUUUCUGCAAUAUUGUUGAGGAAGCUGUGUGAACAGUGAAACAACACUAGGUGCCCGGCUUAUUUCUGGAAGUUUCAGAAGUUAUACAACAAUGCAAAGUUGUACAAAGGUCAAAGAGAAGAGCCCACUGGAGUCUGGGAAGGAUGCAGACAUUUUACAUGACAAAGCGCCUGUGUUGAAUACUGAGGACACAAGCACACUGGAGUGGGAAAAGCUGAAAGAGAUUCACAGUAAAGAGACAAGUCCUCUGGAGAAUGCAGAGGACUUGAGCUUGAAGGAGCCUGGGGAGAAACCAACUGGAAACGCUCACUGCAAUCGAAGGAACCCCUUCAUGAAAACAGAGGACAAGAGCCUAAAGGAGGCAGGAGAGAAUAAGAAAGAAGGUGCUCGUUUCAGUGGGAAGAGCUCCACUGUGAAUACAAAGGAAAGCAACAGUCUUUUGGAUUGGUGGAAGAACGAGGAAGGGUGGGAUGACUGGGAUUCUGAUGAAGAAUUCACUGAUGAAGAACAAGCAAGGGUCAUUGCCACUACAGCUUGCAAAGUGUACAAAGGCAUCAGGCUUUUUGUGAAGCUGUUCCUGGACCGAUUCGAGACGUUCCAGAAGUACAUCAGCGAGCUCUGCGCGAUCGCGGACGGAGUCGACCGCUUUCACAAGAAGACGACGAUCGCCAGCAUCACUGGGGGAGCUGUGAGCGCAGCUGGGGGGGUGACUGCCAUCGCCGGCCUCAUCCUGGCUCCCUUCACGUUCGGGACCUCCCUCAUAGUGAGCGCCGUGGGGCUGGGGGUCGCCACGGCGGGGGGCGUGACCAGCGCCUCCGCCAACAUUUCCGACACGGUCAGCAACUCCUUCGACCGCAAAAAAGUGGAGAAGAUCAUCGAAGGGUACCAGAGCGAGAUGAAAGACAUCUCCGAGUGUUUGGUGUUUGUGAAAAAGGGCAUGGACAACAUGCAGAGGUUCGAUAUGUCGAAGGUCAAUGACAGCAUGUACAGCCAAGCUUUUCCGAAGUUAGGAGGGGCUCUGCAGAAAGGGACGAGGAUCGGGGGUCAAAUUAACGAUAUUAUCCAAGUGGUCCAGCUCGCCAGACUCACUGGUGGGGCGGCCACUGCCAUCCGAGUGGUCAGCGUGGCGUCCGUCGUUCUGUCCGGGUUGUCCGUGGCUUUAGAUGUGUUCUUCAUCGCGAAGGAUUCCAUGGAAUUGUGGAAAGGGGCCAAGACCGACUUUGCGGCUAAAAUCCGUGAGGUGGCAGCUGACCUACAAGCAGGCUUGCUGGAGCUCAAUAAAAUAAGAGAAGAGCUUCAGCAGACAACCAAAGGGCUUUCGGAGACACGGGGUCUCGUUCACUGAGCGGGUUCUUCCUCCAGUACAAAUUGCCUACAAUAAUCAAUUUUAUCAAAAAAAAAUAUAAUUACUAAAGCCAUCACCACUGCUGCACGUUUACACUUUGCAUUCCUGAAACCAUGUGAGAUGCAGAUUUAUAGAGCUAUUGAAUUCCUCUACAGAAACGCAUGCCCUUAACCCUUUCAGUCCUGAAUCAUGUGUUAGCAUACAGUGCUAGGAUAAGGCAGGACUUUUAAUGUCUCGCCAGGACAAGGGUAAAAAUGGGCAUUUAUGGAAUAUGGCUGAAAUUGUUGGGUUUCUGGGUAACAGAGAUCAGUGUGAGGAUUAGUUCGGGAGCCAACAUAAGUGCACUAAAAAUGGACUUGAUAGUCCUUAAAAGUACUAGAAUUGUAUUGUCCAUGUUUGUAAACCACAGGUCUCAGAGAGAAGUAAAUAACAGGUCUGCUCAAAAACAUGUAUUGCAAAAGUCCUUAAAAUUGCACAAACAUAUUAGGACGAUUGCUUUCCAAAAAAAACAUGGUUUGCAGUUCUUCCAGGCUUGACUUGCAUUUGCAAAUUAUUAAUGUCACUUAAAACGUGUGUAAUGAUUCACUGACAGACUACGGACUCUUUCGGGGGCGUUUAUUAUAUAAAUAUAAAUGAUAUAUCAACGCAGGCCAGAUGCUUUGGGUUACCCCUUGUGUUGGUUCAGUGUUGGUUCUUAACUAGAAUCCUGUUGGCUUCUCUAUCUGAUUCAAACUAGAUUAACUUAUAUAUUCAAUUAUAUAGUGGGCAUAUGGGGUACCAAAUGUCUUUAUUCCCAUAUUUAACCAAAAACAUGACUGCCCCCCCCCCCCCACCACCAAUUUAUAAGUCUUGUGAAUAAUGCAUACUUUCAGAUAUAAUUUAUCAAUCUGAAAAAUAUUUAAAACUUCUAACUUUUAAAGAACCUGGACAUUGUGCCAGAAUAACAGACCUGAAGGAAGAUCAAGAGUUCAUGGUAGAUGAUCUGUAGAGCAGUUAAACAGUUUGAGGGACAUUUCCUUUUCUUUUUACUUUUAAAAGUACAUAAACAAGUUAUUCCCUUAUGUCCAGUGAAACUUAAGAAGUUAGAAUUUUUAGAUUAUUGUUAUCAAAAAAUAAAAACAUUUUAAAAAAUUUAAAAAAACCCUACCUAAGUCAGAAAUACCGCACUGUUACACAUUUUUUACACAGAUAAAUAAUAGUCAGUGAACCAAUUUAAGUAAUUUUUGUGAAUUUUAAACAGUAAGGAGCAUAUACUUUUGAGUUUUAUCUUAAUAUUGGGCAGAAUUAAUACAGGCGAUUUUUCGCUGGAUAGGCUAAACUUUAAUGCUUGUUAGAAUACACUUUGCAAGCGCAGAUCCUGAUCACACCUAUAUUUGUUUGGUGAAACAAAGCUCGAAAUUUGUGGUACUUUUUCGGUACCCAGAUUUUCCCUGCAUGGCUCCCAGAGGCUCCUAUAUAGAGUUAUAAAGUGGCGCCAACAACUUGAACUGAGCAAAAUGCAGAUUGAUUGAUUGCUAAUGUAUUAACUGAAUUUUUAAUAUCUUUAUUUUUAUAUAGCGCUUUACAGAGGUAGGC